GCCUAUUACUCACGGAUCACGAGUCACUGAAAGAAUGAGCUUGACGUUUAAGGACGGGACGGUUCUUGAUUUCCAGAACCAGAGUGCACUUUUUGAGUACAUUAGGGUAACAGCAGACACUGCUAGUACUGCUUACUCCAUGGACACCGUCUGGGUCAUCAUCUGUGCUGGAAUGGUCUUCCUUAUGCAGAUGGGAUUUGCUUUGGUGGAGGUUGGCACUGUCAGAAUAAAGAACACUAAGAACAUUCUGGUAAAGAACAUGCUCGAUGCUUGUAUUGGAGCUCUCUCUUUCUGGCUUAUUGGUUACGCUCUAGCUUUUGGAGACACCACUUCCGGAUUCAUAGGAACGAACGGUUUUGCAUUGAAAACUUUAGACAUGCGACGAGGAGGGGAGUUCAAUGACAGACCUUACCAAGGAAAGAAAUACGCUAUUUUCCUCUUCCAGUGGGCAUUUGCUGCCACAGCAGCUACUAUAGUUUCUGGAGCUGUUGCAGAGAGGUGUAAAGUAAUUGCUUACUUUGUUUACUCCUUUGUACUAACUGUGUUCGUCUACCCUGUAGUAGUACACUGGGGAUGGUCAGACAACGGUUGGGCCUCAGCGUUUGCUCCGAAGGAAGACAGACUGUUCGGGGUGGGAGUUAUAGACUUUGCUGGAAGUUCUGUUGUUCACAUGGUCGGAGGACUGACCGCUCUGAUUGGUGCUAUCUUCCUGGGACCUCGUUACGGUAAAUUUGUUGAGGGUAAAGCUCAAACCAUGGUCUUCCAAUCUUCUACUUUUCAGACUCUGGGGACGCUAGUUUUAUGGUUCGGAUGGUAUGGGUUUAACUGUGGCAGUACCCUCACCAUAGCUGGUGCUGCAUCAGAUGUUGCUGGUAAAGUUGCCGUUACAACUACCAUCGGAGCUGCCAGUGCCGGUGUAACAGCAACUGUUAUUGGGUUUAUUUUUGAGGGACAUAUCAGUAUUGGCAGAACAAAUAAUGGAAUUUUAGCGGGACUGGUGAGCAUUACAGCUGGUUGCUCUGUGGUAGAUGUGGAAAUGGCAUUUCUUAUCGGAGUUAUCGGCGCCAUCGUCUAUUACUCUGCUUCAAAGCUGUUAACAUGUCUACACAUUGAUGACGUAGUGGACGCCUCCCAAAUAACUAGUAGGAAAGAGCUGAACAAUCAGAUUAGAGAGGAGCUCAACAGGAAGAGAGGAGCUCAACAGGAAGAAAGGAGCUCAACAACAAGAGUGAAGGAGCUCAACAGGAAGAGAAGGAAGAAGCUCAACAGGAAGAGAAGGAAGGAGCUCAACAACAAGAGUAGAGAGGAGCUCAACAGGAAGAGAAGGAAGGAGCUCAACAACAAGAGUGAAGGAGCUCAACAACCAGAAGUAGAGGAGCUCGACAGGAAGAGAAGGAAGAAGCACUCAACAAGAGUAGAGAGGAGCUCAACAGGAAGAGAAGGAAGGAGCUCAACAACCAGAGUAGAGAGGAGCUCAACAACCAGAGUAGAGGAGCUCGACAGGAAGAGAAGGAAGGAGCACUCAACAAGAGUAGAGAGGAGCCCAACAGGAAGAGAGGAGCUUAACAGGAAGAAGCUCAACAACAAGAGUGAAGGAGCUCAACAACCAGAAGUAGAGGAGCUCGACAGGAAGAGGAGGAAGGAGCACUCAACAAGAGUAGAGAGGAGCCCAACAGGAAGAGAGGAGCUCAACAGGAAGAAGCUCAACAACAAGAGUAGAGAGAAGCUCAAAGGAAGAGAAGGAAGGACUUCAACAACAAGAGUAGAGAGGAGCUCAACAGGAAGAGUAGGAAGGAGCUCAACAACCAGAGUGAAGGAGCUCAACAACCAUAGUAGGAAGGAACUCAACAACCAGAGUAAAGAGGAGCUCAACAGGAAGAGAAGGAAGGAGCUCAACAACAAGAGUAGAGAGGAGCUCAACAGGAAGAGAGGAGCUCAACAGGAAGAGAAGGAAGGAGCUCAACAACCAGAGUGA